AAAAUUUAAAAGUAAAAUACGUUGAUGAUGAAAAUCUGAAUACACGGAUUGCUUCUUUCAAUUUUCUAACUUAAAUUAAAACAUGAACGACUCGAAAACGUUAGAAGACUUACUUGCAGACUUAGAAUUGUCUUAUCCUGUUGAAAGCAUCAUAGAAAACCCUUUCGAUUACAUCCGAUCUAUCUGCCGGCUUUACGAUGACAAUGAGGAAAGUGAUGAAGGUAGAAAAAAAAUGAAAGUCACUGAUGAAAAAUUGCAAAAAACGAAGCAACUCUUAAAACUUCUUCCUUCAAUUUGCCGCCCCAAGGAAUUACUUCUAGCACUACUUGAAGAGGCAAAUUCAUUUAAUAAAUGUGAGAAGUUUCAGGCAUUGAUGGAACCAAUAAAUGAUUGCCUGCUCCUAAUUGCGAACAAGCGCCAUCAAUCUGUUGUGUUGGCCUUCGAAACGUUGUGUGCCCACAUUCAAUGUCAAUGUCUGCCGGAUUCCAGUACAGACUGCAUUGAAUCAUUAGAUGCUAUUCAGUUUCAAAGUGCUUUUGAAGAUAACAUCUAUCUAUUUUUAUCAUAUUUCAAAAACUUCAUACAGGAUAUUCAUUUGAGAAUGGAAAAUGCUAUCAAAAACAAUGAGGACUUUUUUAGUCUGAAGUCUGAUUCGUUAUCACUAAGUUUAAUACUUUUGAAAUUAUUUGCAAUGCCUUUUGCAUACAAGAAGUGGAGUUUUGUGGCUGAUACUACUGAAAUGAUAUCCCUUGAACUAUUCAGUCAACUGCAGAGAGAUGGAAUCAAAUUCAUUUCUGAAACUCUGCUCUGGAAGUCUAAAAAUGAUGAAGAGUGCGAAAAAAUGAUGGAAGGGAAAGUUAAUGAAAAGAUAGAAAUAGUAAAAUCCAUAGAUUCAGAUGAUUCAUCUGAGAAGCCAGAAAAAAUAACAUGGGAUGUGAAAACUGGUUUAGGUACAUUGGCCUACUCAAUGUUCAACGAGCAGUAUUGCGGUAACUUAAUUCCCCAGCACUACACACCUACCUACCUGUUCCUAACCCACCUACAACUCAUCACACACCUCCUAGCCAUCAGAAAGCCAAACAGCCAUCCAGCUGAUAAGGGCUGCCAUCUUGUAAUGUACUUCUUAAAAAGAAUUGGAACUGGAGGCAUGAAUGAAUUCUCACUUGAUCAAGCUGGUAUGAAGAGUUUUGUUGAAAAGUUGAUUGAAGUUUCAACCAGUUCGAAUGUGAAAGAAAUUAGUCAGAAAUGUUUGGCUUGUUUGAAUGCUUUGAUUUGGUGCAUUCAACCAGCGGGGAGAGUUGAACUGUUGAAUUUCAUUCUUCACAACACCGAACACGCAGGCCUGCUUGGUUUCAUCAUCACAGCUGUCAAGAAUCAAGUUGAUGAAAGUUUGAAAAAUGAAAAUAACGUUUUUACCGGCUCUGUACUUGAUAGAUUCGCGAAAGUCAUCUUCGUCGUUUAUCCCAGUCAGCUUCAUCAGGGCAAUAAAAAUGAAAAAGUUUCAGACGAAGAUGACAAAAAAGUGAAGCAGAAUAAAAUAAACAUUUUAGAUGAAACUGAUCGAAUUAUGUCGUGCUUGAAUUUUCUGCGAUUCCUGCUCCUGAAGCAACAUCAAAUGACGGAAAGAGGUAACUCAUUGAACCUGAAAAACAUCUUGCCAUCUAUUGAAACAAACUUCAUCAACCCACUCAAAACUGAACUCGCACGUUCAAGAGUGGACAGCCUGGCCGAAUUAUCCAAACUUCAUAAUGGCAGAUCAGAGGCACCACCCAUAACUUCCGUCACGGUGGGCAGCGAGGUAAUUGAUGGCGUCAGUGUUGAGGAUAGAUUGAAAAUGAUAAACAUCGUACUAACAAAUAUAGAUCUGGUCGAAAGCGUUCUAACGAGAACCGAGACGUUGAUAUCGAACCCAAGCGACGGCACAAAUGCUCCGCACAAACUCAUCUGCCCGUUGCUGGCUCACGAUGCAAGUCAGUGCUCCAAUGCUAAAUGCCCUCACAAAAUUACCGAUUCUACAAAUCCCAAUGAAAUCUCGCAUCUGACUAUGAAGCUGAAUUCAAGAAUUUCGCCUCUGUGAUUUAAAUAGCACUGACGCGGGCGCGUGUUUGUGUGCUGUGUGGGAAUGUGUGUGACUGACUAUGCAUUGAAGACAGUUUGGUUUAAGACAUCGCUGACAAGUUUCAACCGUUACGUUUGCGUUGAUAAUAAUUUUUUGUUGGCUUGUUUAAAUAAUAAAAAUAGUAUAUUGCAUUUU